CAAAUUUUGAGUUAUCAUCAAAGAAAUACUGAGGGUACGCAUACGCAAUCGAACCACAUGAUCAACAGGUACUUAUAAAUAUUAAGAUCGUUAGACCAUCUAUGACGCCCUUAAGGCAGUCUGCACUGAACUGCGUGCGAGAUCAAUUGGAUUGUAUAAUCAAACAACAAGGACAGUCAAUAUCAGGAUGUCCACCUCCCACAAUACUGCAGUGGAAGACUUGCGACCGCAGCGAGAGUUGUUGUCAAAGAUCUUCCCGAUUUUUCAUAGGUCCAGCAGUGACCCAACGCGAAGACCAGGUCAUGUGAGGCUGACACACUCACACGAUGAGCUCUCUUUGCGGUUAGAAUUAAGGCUCCCCCUAAUCCAUCUCCAUGGACAUCUCUCAAGCAUAAAUCGUCCAUCUCUAUUGGGGAAUGUCUCAAGCAUAUGCCAUAUGCACAUAGAGGAAUGUCUCAAGCAUAUGCCAUAUGCACCCCAAUACGAGGGAGAUCCUGACGCAUAUGCUUGAGGGCUUUCUACAGGGAUGAACAGGGGAGCGGUCUAAUAGAAGGAGGGGAGGUGGGAGGCGCGUCGUCGCCUAGUUAGGAGACUUGACGGAAGUCCUCUCUACAAUUUUACUCCAUAGAAAUACUGACUUUGAAAAGUCCUAGGUAAAUCUCGUAAAUACAUUUUCUUCACGAACUCGAACAUUUAUCUUUUUGGGUUAGGUAGAUUAGGAUACAUUCAUAAGUUGUACCUCUCAGUUUUACAGGACAACAAAUGGUAAUGGUACUAUCUACAGCUGUUUUUUUGUUCGAUCCGCAGCCAAGUGUUCUUGUUUCCCCUCAUGUUUUGACGUGGAGGGGAUUCGGAUACCCAUUCUCGCUCCUUGGUUUCCCCUAAUAUUUUGACGUGGAGGAGAUUCGGAUACCGAUACAAGCCCUCUCAAAUCUGAGGCCCAAGGACUUCAGUGUGGAGAAUAGCAGCUUGAAGCACCUGGUUGGAGGACCGACAGGUGGCGCUGCUGCAGGAGGAAGGGAUGGAAGCAAAGAAGCAUCAUUUAAGGCCUCAGCUAAUCCAUGAUGUGGUCUAUGCAGUUAUAAACAUGAGUUAAUAGAGAGACAAGGAGUAUAACGGUUCUUAAGGGAUCGUCAGCCGUCAGGAGUAUCGCUCUACUUGAGGGAAGAUCGUCCCCUCCACAGGCACGAACAUGAUGAACGAGUGGUAUAGAUAUUCUUGAGGGAAGAAGAUAAUUCCCUUUGUUCCCACAUGCAUGGUGUAAUGCGUGAGGAAUACUGUAUUCUUAAGGGAAGGUUCCCUUUGUUCCCACAUGCAUCAGGAGCUAGUCAGCUCUAAAUAAUCUGGGGAGAGCGAAGUCCUAGUGGCUGCCAUGAGCAGUCAAAGUGCGCAGUUCGAUCAAACCGUAGCUAUUCUCACCUUCCAAGAACAAGUGUCUUCAACAAACAACAAUACUAGUACUCCAAUAGCUGCAAGGAAUGCUGCACCAACGCUUGCACCAACUUUUUUAAGGCUAUUCAUGAGUAUCGUGAGCAAGGUCCAUGUCCAUCUCAGUUGGAAAAAUAGAAACAUUCAAGGAACAUCCGACGAAUCCCAGGGAAAAUGCAACAUCCGAAGAACCUUACAAAUAUUUAUCAUUAGCCCAACUUGUAUGAGUACGAGAACGUAGUCCUAGUCGUAGAACAUUGGUCCAACUUCUAUGAGUAUGAGAACGUACUAGUCGUAGCAUCAUUAUGACGACGUAGUCCUAGUCGUAAAACAUUAGUCCAACUUGUAUGAGUUUGAGAACGUGGUACUAGUCGUAGCGUCAUACGACGAGCCUAACUCUAACAGGGAUCCAGCGCUCUCUGCAAUUCGCAGGACAGGAGACGAGGGAUAUUUGGUUUUUUGGCUUAAAAGACCUGAUCACGGAACGAAAUCUGACUCGUUCACGCGGAACUAGGAAAAAUCCUACAGCCCAACCUAUAUCUGUGGAUGACGUGAGACUCCAAGAGCCGGAGACAAAGGACACGGACUAUUACUGUUAUGGUCGUCGUGGGAUCAGGAACUACUAUUCAUCUAGGUCGUACUAAGUGUAGAUGUAGAAGUAACAGUAACUCUUCUCCUUUAAAAGUCGGUCGUAACUGUAGAUGUAGUAACUCUCCUUUAAAAGUAGGUCGUGAUUGUAGAUGUAGAAGUAACUCUACAACUCCUUUAAAAGUAGGUCGUGAUUGUAGAUGUAGAAGUAACUCUACAACUCCUUUAAAAGUAGGUCGUGAUUGUAGAUUUGAAGUAACUCUCCUUUAAAAGAUAGAGAAGUUCAUCUUGUAAAAUGUUAUGCAGCUUAUGGUGCUGGGAUGUAAGGUGAGAUUAGCUAAGUGGAAUGUAAAAAUCUUCUACAGGAGGCAAUGUAAUAUAAUUUUCUGAUCACUACUUGUUCAUCUCUCUAAUCACCCAAAGUGAUCGUCACUGGGAGAGGACCAGCAACGGACGGGACGCGACCAGACGGGACGCGACCAAUCCGAGAGCAUGUCCUUACCUUAUGGCCCUAAAAUACGGUCGGCUAUCUACUUCAUAAAUCAUUUUUCCAUCUCCUCGUUUCCUUCUAAAAAGGUCUGACGACUCGUUUUCAAUGACCUUCUUGGGUUUUGAGCAUAAAUGUUGCUCAGCAGUUUCUUUCUUUGAAGUGAAAUCGUUUCUUGAAUCCUAAGGCCAAUGAGAGGAUUCUUCAAAGAUGAUCGACGAACAACAACCACAACUACGCAUCACGAUAAGUUCUAAUUUCGCUGUACAAAAAGGGCACCUCCUUGCGAAGUUGGAUAGACGAAAGAUUGUGGUCAGAAGUAAUGGAAUUCCUAGAGGCGCAUGGGAUUAUACCAAGUGAAGGCUUGCCUCUUUACAUUAAGGCUCAACAUUUAGAUUGGGGUCACCAUUUAGGUUGGGGUCACCAUUUAGAUUGGAAGGGGCGACCCCUUCUUGAGAGAACCAACGAACGGGGGAAAUAA